UAUAUAUAUCUAUAUAUAGAGAGAGAGAGAGAGAGAGUGCGGAGAAGAAUCGGGAAUCGGGACCUCUCAGAGACAGCAGUACCUAAAGUCAAUCUUCUUCCACUACCUCAACUCCACUUCUCUUUUGGGGUUUCAGCUGCCAUUGAGAAGACCCGGAGCCGGUGAAACCUGGACCAAUAAAACGCAGCGACUCAGCAUCAGAAGUGGUAGCAUAAAGAAUUUCCUCCAGGCAAACCUAAGCUAGUAUGGAUCAGUUAGGGCAUGGACAACCCCCAGCAAUUGGGGUGGUUGGUAGUGCAGCUCAAGUGUCAUAUGCCCUCAAUCCAUAUGAAUCUAACCAAAUGAUUGGGGCCUCCCAACCGGGAUCGGUGGGAUCCAUGCAGUCUCCUAGUCAGACAGCAGGUCUCUCUGCCUCUUCAGCUCAGCUUGCACAAAACCAACUUGCUUAUCAGCAUAUCCACCACCAACAGCAACAGCAACUGCAGCAACAACUCCAAAAUUUUUGGGCAACUCAGUAUCAAGAGAUUGAGCAGGCCUCUGAUUUCAAAAACCAUAGCCUGCCAUUGGCCAGAAUUAAGAAGAUUAUGAAGGCCGAUGAGGAUGUAAGGAUGAUAUCAGCUGAAGCUCCUGUCAUAUUUGCCAGGGCCUGUGAAAUGUUCAUUCUGGAGUUGACGCUGCGCUCUUGGAAUCAUACAGAGGAGAACAAAAGAAGGACACUCCAGAAAAAUGACAUUGCAGCAGCAAUUACAAGGACUGACAUAUUUGAUUUUUUGGUUGAUAUUGUCCCAAGGGAGGAUUUAAAAGAUGAAGUGCUUGCAUCCAUCCCUAGAGGCAAUGCUGCUGUUGGAGGCGAUGGUCUUCCCUGCUAUUAUGUGCCACCUCAGCAUGCCCAACCGGUUGGUGCUCCAGGGAUGAUCAUGGGCAAGCCUGUAAUGGAUCAAGCUCUUUACGGCCAACAGAUGCGCCCUUACAUGACUCAGACAAUGUGGCCACAUCUGCAACAGGAGCAGCCGCCUUCAGAUUCUUGAAUUUGAGGAAUAGGUGACUGAUACUUUGUGUGUCUAAUUUGAAAAUCGCUUUCGUGCAGUACAAGUUAAUUGUAUGCUUUUUUUAAUAUGUAGCUAUUACAGCUAAAAACUAAAAAGUGCUUGUUUUUGGUUAUUUGACACAUCUUUCCUCUUCGUGUAAUAGCACCUUGGAUAAUUGGAUUCCAUAGAUUUUCUCAUUUAGUAUGUGAAAUAUGGAAGUUAUUCUCGAGCA